AUGGCGGGUAUCAAUUGGCCUGGACUCCUCGCUUGGAGCACCAAGUACCACGAUGGCACAGCGCCCUCGGAGUUCAAGCAACUCAGCGAGGAGGAUCGGAGGUUCCUGGAGAGGGCCAUGGAGGAAGCCUUUGGUCAUGUCGAGGAUCCCAAUAAAGUCAUGGUCGAGGCUCGCGACCAGAUCCUUUCGCCGGAGCGCACCGACGAGAGCAUAUCCACGGCCUUGGAGGUCAUUGACCGCUGCUGUGACGACCCAGACUGCGCACGCAAUGCCGAGAAGCUGGACGUCUUGCAGCCUUUGCUGGACUUGGCCUCGUCGCAUGAGGGCUCCGUCCGCACCAGGACAUUCGAGAUCCUCGCGCUGUUGUUCUCCAACAACCCAAACAUCCAGGAAGCCGGGGUAAAGCGAAAUGCCCUUGCGCUGUGCAUGAAAAUUGCGCAGGAGAGUCCUGCGGGCUCCGAUGAGAGAUCCAAGGCCUUCCGAGCUCUCGUGGCCCUGGUCCGAAAUGUGAAGGAGUUCGAGAAGCUCCUUCUGGACCAGCCCGGUGGUGUGGCAUUGUUGACCCUGUGCCUGGACCUCCAGGAGCUCCUUGGCACUCGCGAGAAGGCAGCUUCUUUCGUUCGAUCCCUCGUGGAGAACGAGAGCAUGGCUGCUGAGCACGCGGCCCCACUGGCGACUGCCCUGGCCAAGCUCUUCUCCAACCUGGAG